AUGGACCAAAGAGACUUUGCACUUGUUUUGGUGAAUGGUCUAGUACUGAUGAGUACUUACUGCUUGGCCAUGAAACAAACCAACAUUGAUACAGAUCACUCAGCUCUUCUAGCCUUGAAAAACCACAUCACCUCUGACCCUCACCAAAUUUUGUCCAAAAACUGGUCAUCUUCUUCUCUGUCUUCCUCUGUUUGUGGCUGGAUUGGAGUCCGGUGCGGGCCAUUCCACCGUAGAGUCACUGCUUUAGAUAUUUCAGGCAUGAAUCUCACGGGAACCGUUCCACCACAUUUGGGUAAUCUCUCCUUUCUUGUUUCUCUAGACAUGGGAAAUAACCAUUUCCAUGGAACUCUGCCUCGAGAGUUGUCGGGGUUACGAAGAAUAAGGUUUAUCAGGUUGGGCAGCAACAACUUCAGCGGAACAAUCCCGACAUGGUUUGGUCCAAAACUGCAAGUCCUCGCUUUGAAUUAUAACCAUUUUGAUGGAACUAUCCCUUCUUCUAUAUCUAAACUGUCAAACUUACAAGUUCUGAAUUUCAAACGUAAUUCCCUCCAAGGAAUGAUUCCGCAAGAGAUUGGAAAUCUCCGAAAAUUGACUAUUGUAAACCUCAAUUUCAACUCCCUUAUUGGUCCCAUACCCAACUCCAUCUUCAACAUCUCAACAUUGGAGCAUAUUCAUUUGACACAGAAUAACAUGACAGGAAGUCUUCCGGAAGACAUUUGUCGCCAUCUCCCAAAUCUCAUUGGGAUUUAUUUUUCUCACAACCAUUUGAAUGGCCUAAUCCCUCCAAGCUUAUCUAGUUGUUCGCAACUUCACAUAUUAUCAUUGUCCUACAACAAUUUUAGUGGGUCCAUACCAAAAGAACUAGGCAACUUGGAGAUGCUGCAACACUUACACCUCGGAUUCAACAAUCUAGAAGGUGGGGUUCCGGAAGAGAUGGGCAAUCUUCAUAACCUGGAGCAGUUUACCAUAUACAACAACCAAAUUUCAGGCUCGAUCCCGAAGGGAAUAGGGAAUUGGACCAAGCUUGUAAACAUUGGAUUAUCUGGUAAUUUAUUAACAGGUGCAAUACCUGAGGAAAUUGGCAAUCUUCACGAAUUGGAGUAUCUUAAUGCAGCAUUCAUGGCCUUAAAUGGCACCAUACCAGCUGGGAUUUUCAAUAUCUCAACAUUGAUUUCCAUAUACAUGGGAGUUAAUCAGUUUACGGGCCAACUCCCAUCCGAUGCUUGUCAUCAAUCGCCAUAUUUAGAAGAAAUUUAUCUCAGCAGAAAUAAAAUUCAUGGAGUAAUACCACCUUCAAUAGGGAACUGCUCUAGCCUCAACCGUAUGUAUCUUACGGUAAACCAAAUGACCGGCGCGAUUCCGACGUCGAUUCAAAACCUGGGAAAUUUACAACAGCUGUAUCUUGGUCAGAACCAUUUUACAGGCUCAAUUCCAGCUUCAGUAGGGAACUGCUCCAGCCUUGUCGAAUUAGAUCUUUCAGUAAACCAACUGACUGGCUCGAUUCCAAAGUCACUUCAAAACCUUGAGUUUCUUAAGCGGCUAUUUCUUAGAAGUAACUAUUUUACUGGUGUUCCAUUUUCCGGAAGUUAG